AUGGCCCAUCUCGUUGAGACCAGGAUGUCUCGUGAGCAGCUGGAGAAAUCUAGUGCUCGUAUUCGAGAGCUUGAAAAGCAACUUGCUGAGGAGAAGAAGUAUUCAUCCAAACAGGAGAGUAAAGCUGAUGAAAUUCGCAUGGAUCGCUUAACCGUUGAAACUUUGAACAAUGAAGAGCUGAACUUUCAUCUCCAUAAAGAAAAUGAAGGCUUGAGGGUUGAACUACAACGGGUUGGGAACCUUCUCACUACCUCGAGGAACCUCCAUUCUUCAUCUUUAGCUAUGGUCAAACGGUUAGAAGAAGAUAAAGUUCGCAUAAUCAAGAGAAAAGACAAGUCUGCAGUCGAUCUUCGUAAAUCUCAUGACGAAGUUAAUGAUUUGAAAAUAGAUAAUGAUCGUCUGAAGAACGAAGUAACUUCUCUUCUAUCUCGUUUAGAGGAGUAUCAGGAAUCUGAGGAACGCUUCAAGAAUCAAGUUCUUCAUCUAUCUCGUCAAAGGGACGAGCUUGCUAAGGAGGUCUCCGAUCUCAAAGAGGAUAUUAAGUAUCUAAAUGAGGACUGUGCUACCAUGGAGAAGGAUGCUUCUAAGGUCGCGAAGAUUACUCGCAAAAAUGCUCAAGUUGCCAAGGUCCAUUUCUUCAACGAGUUUUGUGAUUCUCGUGGUAUUCCACGUGUGUCACUAGAUCUCGAAGUAUUUUCUGAUGAUGAACCUGCUGAUGACAAGAGGGCUCCUUCUGAUGACGAGAAGACUCUGACUGAUGAGGAUGGAGAUGACGAAGAUACUGGUGAUGAAGAAGAAGCUGAAGUAUCGAGGGGCAAAGCUCCUGUGGUUACGAAGGUUGCUGAAGUUCCUUCAUCCUUAGUGAUUCCUCCUAAUCAACCUCGUGAAUCUGGCGAUGUUGGAACUGAAACUGUUAGCGCUAUCGGUGGUAACCCUGAACAGGAGGUCAAGGAGUCUGGUGAUGGUGGUGCCGAGAUGGAAAAUGGUGGGGGCUAG